AUGGGGCGCAAGCGAUUCGGGCGCAAGGGAAUCGAGCGCAAGCGAAUCGGGCGCAAGAGAAUCGGGCGGAAGAGAAUCGGACGCAAGGGAGUCGGGCGCAAGGGAAUCGGGCGCAAGCGAAUCGGGCGCAAGGGAAUCGGGCGCAAGCGAAUCGGGCGCAAGCGUAUCGGGCGCAAGCGAAUCGGGCGCAAGGGAAUCGGGCGCAAGCGAAUCGGGCGCAAGCGAGUCGGGCGCAAGAGAGUCGAGCGCGCAAGCGAAUCGGGCGCAAGGGAAUCGGGCGCAAGCGAAUCGGGCGCAAGCGAAUCGGGCGCAAGGGAGUCGGGCGCAAGGGAGUCGGGCGCAAGGGAAUCGGGCGCAAGGGAGUCUGGCGCAAGGGAAUCGGGCGCAAGCGAAUCGGGCGCAAGCAAAUCGGGCGCAAGCGAAUCGGGCGCAAGCGAAUCGGGCGCAAGCAAAUCGGGCGCAAGCGAAUCGGGCGCAAGCCAUUCGGGCGCAAGAGAAUCGGGCGCAAGUGAGUCGGGCGCAAGAGAGUCGGGCGCAAGAGAAUCGGGCGCAAGCGAAUCGGGCGCAAGCGAAUCGGGCGCAAGCGAAUCGGGCGCAAGCGAAUCGGGUGCAAGGGAGUCGGGCGCAAGGGAAUCGGGCGCAAGCGAAUCGGGCGCAAGCGAAUGGGGCGCAAGGGAAUCGGGCGGAAGGGAUUCCGGCGCAAGAGAAUCGGGCGCAAGCGAGUCGGGCGCAAGCGAGUCGGGCGCAAGGGAAUCGGGCGCAAGCGAAUCGGGCGCAAGCGAAUCGGGCGCAAGCGAGUCGGAGGCAAGGGAAUCGGGCGCAAGGGAAUCGGGCGCAAGGAAAUCGGGCGCAAGGGAAUCGGGCGCAAGCGAAUCGGGCGCAAGGGAAUCGAGCGCAAGGGAAUUGGGCGCAAGGGAAUCGGGCGCAAGGGAAUCGGGCGCAAGGGAAUCAGGUGCAAGCGAAUCGGGCGCAAGGGAAUCGGGCGCAAGCGAAUCGGGCGCAAGCGAAUCGGGCGCAAGCGAAUCGGGCGCAAGGGAGUCGGGCGCAAGCGAAUCGGGCGCAAGCAAAUCGGGCGCAAGCGAAUCGGGCGCAAGGGAAUCGGGCGCAAGCGAAUCGGGUGCAAGCGAAUCGGGCGCAAGCGAAUCGGGCGCAAGGGAAUCAGGCGCAAGCGAAUCGGGCGCAAGCGAUUCGGGCGCAAGGGAAUCGAGCGCAAGCGAAUCGGGCGCAAGAGAAUCGGGCGGAAGAGAAUCGGACGCAAGGGAGUCGGGCGCAAGGGAAUCGGGCGCAAGCGAAUCGGGCGCAAGGGAAUCGGGCGCAAGCAAAUCGGGCGCAAGGGAAUCGGGCGCAAGCGAGUCGGAGGCAAGGGAAUCGGGCGCAAGCGAAUCGGGCGCAAGCGAGUCGGAGGCAAGGGAAUCGGGCGCAAGGGAAUCGGGCGCAAGGAAAUCGGGCGCAAGGGAAUCGGACGCAAGCGAAUCGGGCGCAAGGGAAUCGGGCACAAGCGAAUCGGGCGCAAGCGAAUCGGGCGCAAGGGAAUCGGGCGCAAGGGAGUCGGGCGCAAGGGAAUCGGGCGCAAGGGAAUCGGGCGCAAGGGAAUCGGGUGCAAGCGAAUCGGGCGCAAGGGAAUCGGGCGCAAGCGAAUCGGGCGCAAGCGAAUCGGGCGCAAGCGAAUCGGGCGCAAGGGAGUCGGGCGCAAGGGAGUCGGGCGCAAGCGAAUCGGGCGCAAGCAAAUCGGGCGCAAGCGAUUCGGGCGCAAGGGAAUCGGGCGCAAGCGAAUCGGGGAAUCGGGCGCAAGCGAAUCGGGCGCAAGCGUAUCGGGCGCAAGCGAAUCGGGCGCAAGGGAAUCGGGCGCAAGCGAAUCGGGCGCAAGGGAGUCGGGCGCAAGCGAGUCGGGCGCGCAAGCGAAUCGGGCGCAAGGGAAUCGGGCGCAAGCGAAUCGGGCGCAAGCGAAUCGGGCGCAAGGGAGUCGGGCGCAAGGGAGUCGGGCGCAAGGGAAUCGGGCGCAAAGGAGUCGAGCGUAAGGGAAUCGGGCGCAAGCGAAUCGGGCGCAAGCAAAUCGGGCGCAAGCGAAUCGGGCGCAAGCGAAUCGGGCGCAAGCAAAUCGGGCGCAAGCGAAUCGGGCGCAAGCGAUUCGGGCGCAAGAGAAUCGGGCGCAAGCGAGUCGGGCGCAAGAGAGUCGGGCGCAAGAGAAUCGGGCGCAAGGGAGUCGGGCGCAAGGGAAUCGGGCGCAAGCGAAUCGGGCGCAAGGGAAUCGGGCGCAAGCGAAUCGGGCGCAAGGGAAUCGGGCGCACGCGAGUCGGAGGCAAGGGAAUCGGGCGCAAGCGAAUCGGGCGCAAGCGAGUCGGAGGCAAGGGAAUCGGGCGCAAGGGAAUCCGGCGCAAGGAAAUCGGGCGCAAGGGAAUCGGACGCAAGCGAAUCGGGCGCAAGGAAAUCGGGCGCAAGCGAAUCGGGCGCAAGCGAAUCGGGCGCAAGGGAAUCGGGCGCAAGGGAGUCGGGCGCAAGGGAAUCGGGCGCAAGGGAAUCGGGCGCAAGGGAAUCGGGUGCAAGCGAAUCGGGCGCAAGGGAAUCGGGCACAAGCGAAUCGGGCGCAAGCGAAUCGGGCGCAAGCGAAUCGGGCGGAAGAGAAUCGGGCGCAAGGGAGUCGGGCGCAAGGGAAUCGGGCGCAAGCGAAUCGGGCGCAAGGAAAUCGGGCGCAAGCGAAUCGGGCGCAAGCGUAUCGGGCGCAAGGGAAUCGGGCGCAAGCAAAUCGGGCGCAAGGGAAUCGGGCGCAAGCGAAUCGGGCGCAAGGGAGUCAGGCGCAAGCGAGUCGGGCGCGCAAGCGAAUCGGGCGCAAGGGAAUCGGGCGCAAGCGAAUCGGGCGCAAGCGAAUCGGGCGCAAGGGAGUCGGGCGCAAGGGAAUCGGGCGCAAGCGAAUCGGGCGCAAGCAAAUCGGGCGCAAGCGAAUCGGGCGCAAGCGAAUCGGGCGCAAGGGAAUCGAGCGCAAGGGAAUUGGGCGCAAGGGAAUCGGGCGCAAGGGAAUCGGGCGCAAGGGAAUCGGGUGCAAGCGAAUCGGGCGCAAGGGAAUCGGGCGCAAGCGAAUCGGGCGCAAGCGAAUCGGGCGCAAGCGAAUCGGGCACAAGGGAGUCGGGCGCAAGGGAGUGGGGCGCAAGCGAAUCGGGCGCAAGCAAAUCGGGCGCAAGCGAAUCGGGCGCAAGGGAAUCGGGCGCAAGCGAAUCGGGUGCAAUCGAAUUGGGCGCAAGCGAAUCGGGCGCAAGGGAAUCAGGCGCAAGCGAAUCGGGCGCAAGCAAUUCGGGCGCAAGGGAAUCGGGCGCAAGCGAAUCGGGCGCAAGAGAAUCGGGCGGAAGAGAAUCGGGCGCAAGGGAGUCGGGCGCAAGGGAAUCGGGCGCAAGCGAAUCGGGCGCAAGGGAAUCGGGCGCAAGCGAAUCGGGCGCAAGCGUAUCGGGCGCAAGGGAAUCGGGCGCAAGCGAAUCGGGCGCAAGGGAAUCGGGCGCAAGCGAAUCGGGCGCAAGGGAGUCGGGCGCAAGGGCGUCGGGCACAAGGGAAUCGGGCGCAAGGGAGUCGGGCGCAAGGGAAUCGGGCGCAAGCGAAUCGGGCGCAAGCAAAUCGGGCGCAAGCGAAUCGGGCGCAAGCGAAUCGGGCGCAAGCAAAUCGGGCGCAAGCGAAUCGGGCGCAAGCGAUUCGGGCGCAAGAGAAUCGGGCGCAAGCGAGUCGGGCGCAAGAGAGUCGGGCGCAAGAGAAUCGGGCACAAGGGAGUCGGGCGCAAGGGAAUCGGGCGCAAGCGAAUCGGGCGCAAGGGAAUCGGGCGCAAGCGAAUCGGGCGCAAGGGAAUCGGGCGCAAGCGAGUCGGAGGCAAGGGAAUCGGGCGCAAGCGAAUCGGGCGCAAGCGAGUCGGAGGCAAGGGAAUCGGGCGCAAGGGAAUCGGGCGCAAGGAAAUCGGGCGCAAGGGAAUCGGACGCAAGAGAAUCGGGCGCAAGGGAAUCGGGCGCAAGCGAAUCGGGCGCAAGCGAAUCGGGCGCAAGGGAAUCGGGCGCAAGGGAGUCGGGCGCAAGGGAAUCGGGCGCAAGGGAAUCGGGCGCAAGGGAAUCGGGUGCAAGCGAAUCGGGCGCAAGCAAAUCGUGCGCAAGCGAAUCGGGCGCAAGGGAGUCGGGCGCAAGGGAGUCGGGCGCAAGCGAAUCGGGCGCAAGCAAAUCGGGCGCAAGCGAAUCGGGCGCAAGGGAGUCGGGCGCAAGGGAGUCGGGCGCAAGCGAAUCGGGCGCAAGCAAAUCGGGCGCAAGCGUAUCGGGCGCAAGGGAAUCGGGCGCAAGCGAAUCGGGUGCAAGCGAAUCGGGCGCAAGCGAUUCGGGCGCAAGGGAAUCGGGCGCAAGCGAAUCGGGCGCAAGGGAGUCGGGCGCAAGCGAAUCGGGCGCAAGCAAAUCGGGCGCAAGCGAAUCGGGCGCAAGGGAAUCGGGCGCAAGCGAAUCGGGUGCAAGCGAAUCGGGCGCAAGCGAAUCGGGCGCAAGGGAAUCAGGCGCAAGCGAAUCGGGCGCAAGCGAUUCGGGCGCAAGGGAAUCGAGCGCAAGCGAAUCGGGCGCAAGAGAAUCGGGCGGAAGAGAAUCGGACGCAAGGGAGUCGGGCGCAAGGGAAUCGGGCGCAAGCGAAUCGGGCGCAAGGGAAUCGGGCGCAAGCAAAUCGGGCGCAAGGGAAUCGGGCGCAAGCGAGUCGGAGGCAAGGGAAUCGGGCGCAAGCGAAUCGGGCGCAAGCGAGUCGGAGGCAAGGGAAUCGGGCGCAAGGGAAUCGGGCGCAAGGAAAUCGGGCGCAAGGGAAUCGGACGCAAGCGAAUCGGGCGCAAGGGAAUCGGGCACAAGCGAAUCGGGCGCAAGCGAAUCGGGCGCAAGGGAAUCGGGCGCAAGGGAGUCGGGCGCAAGGGAAUCGGGCGCAAGGGAAUCGGGCGCAAGGGAAUCGGGUGCAAGCGAAUCGGGCGCAAGGGAAUCGGGCGCAAGCGAAUCGGGCGCAAGCGAAUCGGGCGCAAGCGAAUCGGGCGCAAGGGAGUCGGGCGCAAGGGAGUCGGGCGCAAGCGAAUCGGGCGCAAGCAAAUCGGGCGCAAGCGAAUCGGGCGCAAGGGAAUCGGGCGCAAGCGAAUCGGGUGCAAGCGAAUCGGGCGCAAGCGAAUUGGGCGCAAGGGAAUCAGGCGCAAGCGAAUCGGGCGCAAGCGAUUCGGGCGCAAGGGAAUCGGGCGCAAGCGAAUCGGGCGCAAGAGAAUCGGGCGGAAGAGAAUCGGGCGCAAGGGAGUCGGGUGCAAGGGAAUCGGGCGCAAGCGAAUCGGGCGCAAGGGAAUCGGGCGCAAGCGAAUCGGGCGCAAGCGUAUCAGGCGCAAGCGAAUCGGGCGCAAGGGAAUCGGGCGCAAGCGAAUCGGGCGCAAGGGAGUCGGGCGCAAGCGAGUCGGGCGCGCAAGCGAAUCGGGCGCAAGGGAAUCGGGCGCAAGCGAAUCGGGCGCAAGCGAAUCGGGCGCAAGGGAGUCGGGCGCAAGGGAGUCGGGUGCAAGGGAAUCGGGCGCAAGGGAGUCGAGCGCGCAAGCGAGUCGGGCGCGCAAGCGAAUCGGGCGCAAGGGAAUCGGGCGCAAGCGAAUCGGGCGCAAGCGAAUCGGGCGCAAGGGAGUCGGGCGCAAGGGAAUCGGGCGCAAGCGAAUCGGGCGCAAGCAAAUCGGGCGCAAGCGAAUCGGGCGCAAGCGAAUCGGGCGCAAGGGAAUCGAGCGCAUUGGAAUUGGGCGCAAGGGAAUCGGGCGCAAGGGAAUCGGGCGCAAGGGAAUCGGGUGCAAGCGAAUCGGGCGCAAGGGAAUCGGGCGCAAGCGAAUCGGGCGCAAGCGAAUCGGGCGCAAGCGAAUCGGGCACAAGGGAGUCGGGCGCAAGGGAGUGGGGCGCAAGCGAAUCGGGCGCAAGCAAAUCGGGCGCAAGCGAAUCGGGCGCAAGGGAAUCGGGCGCAAGCGAAUCGGGUGCAAGCGAAUCGGGCGCAAGCGAAUCGGGCGCAAGGGAAUCAGGCGCAAGCGAAUCGGGCGCAAGCGAUUCGGGCGCAAGGGAAUCGGGCGCAAGCGAAUCGGGCGCAAGAGAAUCGGGCGGAAGAGAAUCGGGCGCAAGGGAGUCGGGCGCAAGGGAAUCUGGCGCAAGCGAAUCGGGCGCAAGGGAAUCGGGCGCAAGCGAAUCGGGCGCAAGCGUAUCGGGCGCAAGGGAAUCGGGCGCAAGCGAAUCGGGCGCAAGGGAAUCGGGCGCAAGCGAAUCGGGCGCAAGGGAGUCGGGCGCAAGGGCGUCGGGCACAAGGGAAUCGGGCGCAAGGGAGUCGGGCGCAAGGGAAUCGGGCGCAAGCGAAUCGGGCGCAAGCAAAUCGGGCGCAAGCGAAUCGGGCGCAAGCGAAUCGGGCGCAAGCAAAUCGGGCGCAAGCGAAUCGGGCGCAAGCGAUUCGGGCGCAAGAGAAUCGGGCGCAAGCGAGUCGGGCGCAAGAGAGUCAGGCGCAAGAGAAUCGGGCACAAGGGAGUCGGGCGCAAGGGAAUCGGGCGCAAGCGAAUCGGGCGCAAGGGAAUCGGGCGCAAGCGAAUCGGGCGCAAGGGAAUCGUGCGCAAGCGAGUCGGAGGCAAGGGAAUCGGGCGCAAGCGAAUCGGGCGCAAGCGAGUCGGAGGCAAGGGAAUCGGGCGCAAGGGAAUCGGGCGCAAGGAAAUCGAGCGCAAGGGAAUCGGACGCAAGCGAAUCGGGCGCAAGGGAAUCGGGCGCAAGCGAAUCGGGCGCAAGCGAAUCGGGCGCAAGGGAAUCGGGCGCAAGGGAGUCGGGCGCAAGGGAAUCGGGCGCAAGGGAAUCGGGCGCAAGGGAAUCGGGUGCAAGCGAAUCGGGCGCAAGCAAAUCGUGCGCAAGCGAAUCGGGCGCAAGGGAGUCGGGCGCAAGGGAGUCGGGCGCAAGCGAAUCGGGCGCAAGCAAAUCGGGCGCAAGCGAAUCGGGCGCAAGGGAGUCGGGCGCAAGGGAGUCGGGCGCAAGCGAAUCGGGCGCAAGCAAAUCGGGCGCAAGCGUAUCGGGCGCAAGGGAAUCGGGCGCAAGCGAAUCGGGUGCAAGCGAAUCGGGCGCAAGCGAUUCGGGCGCAAGGGAAUCGGGCGCAAGCGAAUCGGGCGCAAGAGAAUCGGGCGCAAGAGAAUCGGGCGCAAGGGAGUCGGGCGCAAGGGAAUCGGGCGCAAGCGAAUCGGGCGCAAGGGAAUCGGGUGCAAGCGAAUCGGGCGCAAGCGUAUUUGGGCGCAAGGGAAUCGGGCGCAAGCGAAUCGGGCGCAAGGGAAUAGGGCGCAAGCGAAUCGGGCGCAAGGGAGUCGGGCGCAAGGGAAUCGGGUGCAAGCGAAUCGGGCGCAAGCGUAUUUGGGCGCAAGGGAAUCGGGCGCAAGCGAAUCGGGCGCAAGGGAAUCGGGCGCAAGCGAAUCGGGCGCAAGGGAGUCGGGCGCAAGCGAGUCGGGCGCGCAAGCGAAUCGGGCGCAAGGGAAUCGGGCGCAAGCGAAUCGGGCGCAAGCGAAUCGGGCGCAAGGGAGUCGGGCGCAAGGGAGUCGGGCGCAAGGGAAUCGGGCGCAAGCGAAUCGGGCGCAAGCGAAUCGGGCGCAAGCGAAUCGGGCGCAAGCAAAUCGGGCGCAAGCGAAUCGGGCGCAAGCGAAUCGGGCGCAAGCAAACCGGGCGCAAGCGAAUCGGGCGCAAGCGAUUCGGGCGCAAGAGAAUUGGGCGCAAGCGAGUCGGGCGCAAGAGAGUCGGGCGCAAGAGAAUCGGGCGCAAGGGAGUCGGGCGCAAGGGAAUCGGGCGCAAGCGAAUCGGGCGCAAGGGAAUCGGGCGCAAGCGAAUCGGGCGCAAGGAAAUCGGGCGCAAGCGAAUCGGGCGCAAGCGUAUCGGGCGCAAGGGAAUCGGGCGCAAGCAAAUCGGGCGCAAGGGAAUCGGGCGCAAGCGAAUCGGGCGCAAGGGAGUCAGGCGCAAGCGAGUCGGGCGCGCAAGCGAAUCGGGCGCAAGGGAAUCGGGCGCAAGCGAAUCGGGCGCAAGCGAAUCGGGCGCAAGGGAGUCGGGCGCAAGGGAAUCGGGCGCAAGCGAAUCGGGCGCAAGCAAAUCGGGCGCAAGCGAAUCGGGCGCAAGCGAAUCGGGCGCAAGGGAAUCGAGCGCAAGGGAAUUGGGCGCAAGGGAAUCGGGCGCAAGGGAAUCGGGCGCAUGGGAAUCGGGUGCAAGCGAAUCGGGCGCAAGGGAAUCGGGCGCAAGCGAAUCGGGCGCAAGCGAAUCGGGCGCAAGCGAAUCGGGCACAAGGGAGUCGGGCGCAAGGGAGUGGGGCGCAAGCGAAUCGGGCGCAAGCAAAUCGGGCGCAAGCGAAUCGGGCGCAAGGGAAUCGGGCGCAAGCGAAUCGGGUGCAAGCGAAUCGGGCGCAAGCGAAUCGGGCGCAAGGGAAUCAGGCGCAAGCGAAUCGGGCGCAAGCGAUUCGGGCGCAAGGGAAUCGGGCGCAAGCGAAUCGGGCGCAAGAGAAUCGGGCGGAAGAGAAUCGGGCGCAAGGGAGUCGGGCGCAAGGGAAUCGGGCGCAAGCGAAUCGGGCGCAAGGGAAUCGGGCGCAAGCGAAUCGGGCGCAAGCGUAUCGGGCGCAAGGGAAUCGGGCGCAAGCGAAUCGGGCGCAAGGGAAUCGGGCGCAAGCGAAUCGGGCGCAAGGGAGUCGGGCGCAAGGGCGUCGGGCACAAGGGAAUCGGGCGCAAGGGAGUCGGGCGCAAGGGAAUCGGGCGCAAGCGAAUCGGGCGCAAGCAAAUCGGGCGCAAGCGAAUCGGGCGCAAGCGAAUCGGGCGCAAGCAAAUCGGGCGCAAGCGAAUCGGGCGCAAGCGAUUCGGGCGCAAGAGAAUCGGGCGCAAGCGAGUCGGGCGCAAGAGAGUCAGGCGCAAGAGAAUCGGGCACAAGGGAGUCGGGCGCAAGGGAAUCGGGCGCAAGCGAAUCGGGCGCAAGGGAAUCGGGCGCAAGCGAAUCGGGCGCAAGGGAAUCGGGCGCAAGCGAGUCGGAGGCAAGGGAAUCGGGCGCAAGCGAAUCGGGCGCAAGCGAGUCGGAGGCAAGGGAAUCGGGCGCAAGGGAAUCGGGCGCAAGGAAAUCGGGCGCAAGGGAAUCGGACGCAAGCGAAUCGGGCGCAAGGGAAUCGGGCGCAAGCGAAUCGGGCGCAAGCGAAUCGGGCGCAAGGGAAUCGGGCGCAAGGGAGUCGGGCGCAAGGGAAUCGGGCGCAAGGGAAUCGGGCGCAAGGGAAUCGGGUGCAAGCGAAUCGGGCGCAAGCAAAUCGUGCGCAAGCGAAUCGGGCGCAAGGGAGUCGGGCGCAAGGGAGUCGGGCGCAAGCGAAUCGGGCGCAAGCAAAUCGGGCGCAAGCGAAUCGGGCGCAAGGGAGUCGGGCGCAAGGGAGUCGGGCGCAAGCGAAUCGGGCGCAAGCAAAUCGGGCGCAAGCGUAUCGGGCGCAAGGGAAUCGGGCGCAAGCGAAUCGGGUGCAAGCGAAUCGGGCGCAAGCGAUUCGGGCGCAAGGGAAUCGGGCGCAAGCGAAUCGGGCGCAAGAGAAUCGGGCGCAAGAGAAUCGGGCGCAAGGGAGUCGGGCGCAAGGGAAUCGGGCGCAAGCGAAUCGGGCGCAAGGGAAUCGGGUGCAAGCGAAUCGGGCGCAAGCGUAUUUGGGCGCAAGGGAAUCGGGCGCAAGCGAAUCGGGCGCAAGGGAAUCGGGCGCAAGCGAAUCGGGCGCAAGGGAGUCGGGCGCAAGGGAAUCGGGUGCAAGCGAAUCGGGCGCAAGCGUAUUUGGGCGCAAGGGAAUCGGGCGCAAGCGAAUCGGGCGCAAGGGAAUCGGGCGCAAGCGAAUCGGGCGCAAGGGAGUCGGGCGCAAGCGAGUCGGGCGCGCAAGCGAAUCGGGCGCAAGGGAAUCGGGCGCAAGCGAAUCGGGCGCAAGCGAAUCGGGCGCAAGGGAGUCGGGCGCAAGGGAGUCGGGCGCAAGGGAAUCGGGCGCAAGCGAAUCGGGCGCAAGCGAAUCGGGCGCAAGCGAAUCGGGCGCAAGCAAAUCGGGCGCAAGCGAAUCGGGCGCAAGCGAAUCGGGCGCAAGCAAACCGGGCGCAAGCGAAUCAGGCGCAAGCGAUUCGGGCGCAAGAGAAUUGGGCGCAAGCGAGUCGGGCGCAAGAGAGUCGGGCGCAAGAGAAUCGGGCGCAAGGGAGUCGGGCGCAAGGGAAUCGGGCGCAAGCGAAUCGGGCGCAAGGGAAUCGGGCGCAAGCGAAUCGGGCGCAAGCGAAUCGGGCGCAAGCGAAUCGGGCGCAAGCCAAAACGGGCGCAAGCGAAUCGGGCGCAAGCGAAUCAGGCGCAAGCCAAUCGGGCGCAAGCGAAUCGGGCGCAAGGGAAUCGGGCGCAAGGGAAUCGGGCGCAAGCGAAUCGGGCGCAAGAGAAUCGGGCGCAAGGGAGUUGGGCUCAAGGGAGUCGGGCGCAAGGGGAAUCGGGCGCAAGCGAAUCGGGCGCAAGGGAAUCCGGCGCAAGCGAAUCGGGCGCAAGCGAAUCGGGCGCAAGGGAGUUGGGCGCAAGCGAAUCAUGCGCAAGCGAAUCGGGCGCAAGGGAAUCGGGCGGAAGGGAUUCGGGCGCAAGGGAAUCGGGCGCAAGGAAGUCGGGCGCAAGCGAGUCGGGCGCAAGCGAAUCGGGCGCAAGCGAAUCGGGCGCAAGCGAAUCGGGCGCAAGCGAGUCGGAGGCAAGGGAAUCGGGCGCAAGGGAAUCGGGCGCAAGCGAAUCGGGCGCAAGCGAAUCGGGCGCAAGCGAAUCAGGCGCAAGCGAAUCGGGCGCAAGGGAGUCGGGCGCAAGGGAGUCGGGCGCAAGCGAAUCGGGCGCAAGGGAAUUGUGCGCAAGCGAAUCGGGCGCAAGGGAGUCGGGCGCAGGGGAGUCGGGCGCAAGGGAAUCGGGCGCAAGCGAAUCGGGCGCAAGGGAAUCGGGCGCAAGCGAAUCGGGCGCAAGGGAGGCAGGCGCAAGGGAAUCGGGCGCAAGCGAAUUGGGCGCAAGGGAGUCGGGCGCAAGCGAGUCGGGUGCGCAAGCGAAUCGGGCGCAAGCGAAUCGGGCGCAAGGGAAUUGGGCGCAAGCGAAUCGGGCGCAAGGGAGUCGGGCGCAAGCGAGUUGGGCGCGCAAGCGAGUCGGGCGCAAGGGAAUCGGGCGCAAGCGAAUCGGGCGCAAGGGAAUCGCGCGCAAGCGAAUCGGGCGCAAGCGAAUCCAGCGCAAGCGAAUCCAGCGCAAGUGA